AUGGUCGCCUACAAGCUCUCCGCGGGCACUGCCUUGCUCUCUCUAACUGUCCGGUCUUUGGCAGUUCCUGUCGUCUCCGAGCCAACCACCACUUUUACCUCGACACCCGCCUUCACUCCUCCCGUCAGACCACACAGCAAUGUUACGGAUCACGGCCCAUACACCGGGCCACCACCCACCACCACUGGAGCCAAGACCACCGAUGUUCUUGCCCCCUCCAUCCCAGCUUUGCCCCCUGGACCGAACGCGUUUGACUAUCCAAGUGACGGCGAGCUGCACGCUCCACUCCCAGCACCAUACACGCCUUCCGGCGGUGUGGGAACGAACGGAUCCGCCCCUGUGUAUCGCGUGCUCUCCGACUUUGAUUACGAGUCCAUUGCCCUGGCACUCUACCAAGAAUGGAUCGAGCUCGAUCUCUUUCACUGGGGGCUUGCGACCUUUUCUGAAGAAGAGUUCGAGGAGGCUGGUCUGAAGGCUGAGGACCGCUACCUUCUCCAAUUCAUGGCUGAGCAAGAAGUCGGCCAUGCCACUCUUCUCAGCAACAUGCUCGGCCCCUCUGCUCCAGUCCAGUGCAGCUACAACUACCCAGUCACCAAUGUCCGCGAGUACAUUGACUUUUCCCAGAAGCUGACCCGGUACGGCGAAGCUGGUGUCUACGGCUUCCUCAACCACCUCAAUGCUCAUGAUGUGGGACAGAUGCUCCUUCAGAGCAUCACCACCGAGGCCCGUCAACAGAUGAUCUUCCGCCAGUUCGAGGGCUUGUUUCCCAUGCCCGAGUGGUUCCAGGUCGGCAUCCCCCAGUCCUGGGCCUGGACCUUGCUGGCGCCUUACAUCUCAUCCUGUCCCGCCAACCAGACCCGCCUGGUCUGGCAGAACUUCCCUGCCCUUCACAUCCUCAACCAGCCCAACCCCGCUCGCAUCAAUGGCUCCAACGCCUGGAAUGAGACCACUGGCGGCUACACCAACACCCUCAGCACUGCCGAUAUUGAGGACGACGAGGACUGCAUCAACAGCACUGAGGAGGGCGUGAACUGCUCCCCUGGCAUCACCAACAACCGCACCAACCCUCUCUCCUACCCAGGCCGUCAGGUCUUCCUCCAGUGGGACGAGCCUGGUUUCCCUGUCGGCCCCAACAACAGCUACAUCACCAGCACGAGUGCCAACCCGCCUGUCUUUGCCGCUUGGGUCAGUCAGCUCAACGUCACUUACACUCCCCUGGAGGAGAUCCAGAACAACACCGCCUGGACUGUGCAGCCCAACAUGGAGACGUUUGCUGGUGAUCCGGCUGUCAACGGUACCAUCUUUUUGGUCUUGACAGACUUGGAUCUUUAUGUUACUCCUUACAACCUUACCCAGCUGAACCCUCAUGUGUAUGCUGUGGGUAUGUACCAGUCUGGUUAA